GACGUCUAGCUUACCCAUACAUCAAAAUACAUAGUCAAAUACUCCAAAUCAAAGUGGCACAUGGUAUACAGUUCAAAUCCAAUCUUCCAAUUAUCAAGCAAUUUGAGUAUCAACCCUCAAUAAUGUCUUCCUCGCCGUCUACCUAUCCUACUUCAAGCUACACCCCUCACCGAAACUCUCAAUCCUACUCUGGUAUAGAUCCAGAUGCACCACCACCACCGCCGCCUAAACCAAAUUCCCGAGAUGUGAGUCGUCAAGGUACACCUGCGGGAACUGGAAAUCAAUCAUUUCCUAGACCUGGAGAAUCAUCAGUGCAAUACGAAGGGAGACAAGAAACUGUUUCACGAGAACAACCACAACAAAUACAAGAUCCGGGAGAUCAAUGGCUUCCGAAAAUAUUGAUGGAUAAAUCGAAACAAGACCUCGCAUCCGCAUUAUCCAACCCUGCCCUUCUAGCCGCCCUCACUCAUUCAACAUCUACCGCACAUCCAUCCAUUUCCACGUCACAAGAACCAUUAAAAUCUGCAUUGGAUGAUAAUAUCGCGCUAGCAACCCAUCUAUUGGAGCUUGAGUCUCGACUUGAUCAUCUGCGCUCCUCGACACAAGCUCAAUUAUUAUCUACACAUGCACUGGAACGUCAAUGGAAACAAAAACAAUCCGAGAUGGAUAGAACGUUAGCCCCCUUCUCCCCGAGCUCAUUAUAUCAGAGAUUAGGACAAGGUGUUCAGGAACAAGAAAUGAUAUGUAGGGCAAUGGAAGAGAGCUUUCUAGAGGGUGAUGGGGUUGCUACAGAAAGGGAAGCUAGUGAUUGGGUUAGAAAGUAUAGGGAGUCGAAGAAAGUUUAUUAUUCUAGAAGAGAAAGGAAAGACAGAUGGGAUGAAGGAAGAGUUGGGGGUUGGAGAUGAUGUGGGGGGUUGGAGAUGUAUCAUUCACUUGGAACCUUGAGCGACGAGCAUUUACUUGCUACUUGCGACGAAACGACUAUCUGGAUAUACAACACGUCCUCCAUAACGGUCAGGAAUCUUUGGAGUACCAUACUGCAGGCCACAGGUUGUCACUGGUAAAACAGUUCAAAAACAUAGUACUGCGCCGUUGAUAAAAGGCAUAGAGACGUCGGGUGUGAUAUAAGAGGCUGAAAAUGAAAGGACAUUAUAUUUCCCGGCGAGAAACUACGUAUGUCGAAACAGGGAGUACGAGACGAUAAACAAAUACCGGCAUACAAGAACGUCGUGGUUUGGUAACGUUUAUGUACAUAUCCUCGGUUGGCUUCCACGAAUUCUCACAGGUGACGAAUUAUGAAACAUGGUUUGUGCUACAUCAGGAAUGAAGGCGAUAGAGAAGAAGUAUAGUAUAUCAAUACAUUGUGCACAGGACAGGAUAGAAAUCGUGGAGACGUGGGGAUUUAAAAAUGGACGUGGAGAAAUGGAGGGGAACUCACCCGGUCCUGGAUGAAAGACAUUAAUCAAUCCAAUAACGCAAUAUCGGCAAUCAUCCACACUUCCCCGGCUCCUUAAAGAACCAAGAUUUAUUACCUUUAGUAUUGUACGACUGAUUGGAGAGUUUGAUAAGAGCCAAGGAAAUUCAAAUCAUGGUAAAGGUCCGAAUAGAUGUGGUCGAUGCCCAAUUAAAGACAAGAAAUGCAACUACCGGGAGAGGGGAAAGAUUGGUGAGAUGGUAUCUUGUGUUACAUGUUUGGGCUAAAGAUGGAUGCGGCGAAACUUUAUCUCUCUUGAAGGCAGUUCGUGGUAUGAUUUGUGGUAUGAAAAGUAGCAAAGACGCAGUACGAGGGUAGAUUAUGCAGUGUAAACGUGUGAAUCGGGCGGGUAUUUCCGUUCACACUAGACAUUUUGCCUGAAUGCUUAGCGAGAUGUCGGGUGUUUUCUUCAAGAUUUGCCAAAGUGGUUAUUGUGUUACGUUUUUGGGGGGAGGGGGUGUUCUAAUGCAAUUGGGGUUGGUUGGGGGAACACAACAGUAGAUAGAUUAGAUUAGUUCUUGGAGAGAUCCCGAGGUAUUGUAACGUUAAUUACAGCUGCUGUAAGCA